CUUCAAGUUGUUCCUCUGUCCCUUUCGUCCCUCUCAAGUCUUAAGCCAUUUUCUCCUCUCCCACUCCUACACAUUAUAUAAAUAUUUACAGUUAUAUACAGACUGAGACGCUUUUUAGAGAGAGAGAGAGAGCUGUGAUUGGAGUUGUGGAUGUCUGCUUCAGUGUAUUAAUUUGAUCACUCUCUCUUUUGAUUUUUGGGAUCCAAGCAGUGAACUUUUCAUCUGUGUUUUUUCCAAUUUGUCUAAUUUCUGAGAUCUGCUGGAGAAUUGGAUCGAUUUGGGUUUAUUUUCAAUUGGGUUUCCUGGAUUUGAAGAAUUGGCGAUAAAGAUCGGUUCUUUUGAUCUUAAGAUCUUGGGAUUUUGGAGUGGAAAAAAAUUACUGCGAUCUUAGACAUGCAUAGAUCUUGUUGAGAUUGAACAAGAAUUUUGAGCCAUUGUACACAUCUGAGCAAAGGAGAAGGUGGCAAUGGAGUCAGAAGGAGAAACUGCGGCAAAGCCCAUGAAGAGCAUCGGGGGUAAGGUCUGCCAGAUCUGUGGGGAUAAUGUUGGGAAGACUGCAGAUGGGGAACCAUUCAUUGCCUGCGAUGUCUGUGCCUUUCCUGUUUGCAGGCCAUGCUAUGAGUAUGAGAGGAAGGAUGGGAAUCAGUCUUGCCCUCAAUGCAAAACCAGAUACAAGAGGCACAAAGGAAGCCCUGCAAUUCUUGGUGAUAGAGAAGAGGAUGCUGUUGCUGAUGAUGAUACCAGUGAUUUCAACUAUACUUCAGAAAAUCAAAACGAGAAGCAAAAGAUUGCAGAACGCAUGCUAAGCUGGCAUAUGACAUAUGGCCGGGGAGAGGAUGUUUCAGCCCCAAAUUAUGAUAAAGAGGUUUCUCACAAUCACAUCCCUCUACUCGCUAGUGGCCAAGAGGUUUCCGGAGAACUGUCUGCCGCUUCACCAGAGCGCCUUUCGAUGGCAUCUCCUGGAGUUGGUCCUGGAAAGCGUGCCCAUCAUCAUUCUUAUGGAUCAGAUGUUAAUCAAUCCCCUAAUAUAAGGGUUGUGGAUCCUGUGAGGGAGUUUGGUUCUCCCGGGAUAGGAAAUGUAGCAUGGAAAGAGAGAGUGGAUGGCUGGAAGAUGAAGCAAGAGAAGAAUGUCAUUCCAAUGAGCACUGGCCAAGCUACUUCAGAAAGAGGCGGUGGAGAUAUUGAUGCCAGAUCUGAUGUGAUUGUGGACGACUCCUUAUUGAAUGAUGAAGCUAGGCAGCCUCUCUCCAGAAAGGUCUCGAUUCCAUCUUCUAGAAUAAAUCCUUACAGAAUGGUCAUUGUUCUGCGGCUUAUUAUUCUGUGCAUUUUCUUGCACUAUCGAAUAACAAAUCCUGUGCAAAAUGCCUAUGCUCUGUGGCUGAUAUCAGUCAUUUGUGAGAUUUGGUUUGCAAUUUCCUGGAUUCUUGAUCAGUUCCCAAAGUGGCUCCCUGUAAAUCGUGAAACAUAUCUUGACAGACUUUCUUUGAGAUAUGACCGAGAAGGAGAACCAUCAAACUUAGCUGCUGUUGACAUCUUUGUCAGUACUGUUGAUCCAUUGAAGGAGCCUCCUAUGGUGACAGCAAAUACUGUGCUAUCUAUUCUUGCAGUUGACUACCCGGUUGACAAGGUUUCUUGCUAUGUUUCUGAUGAUGGAGCUGCAAUGUUGACGUUUGAAGCUCUGUCUGAAACUUCAGAAUUUGCUAGGAAAUGGGUCCCUUUCUGCAAGAAGUAUGCUAUUGAGCCUCGGGCUCCUGAAUGGUACUUUUCACAGAAGAUUGAUUACUUAAAGGAUAAAGUUCAACCAUCAUUCGUCAAAGAGCGUAGAGCAAUGAAGAGAGAAUACGAAGAAUUUAAAGUUCGUGUUAACGGGCUUGUUGCAAAGGCCACAAAAAUACCCGAAGAAGGAUGGAUCAUGCAAGAUGGUACCCCAUGGCCUGGAAAUAAUACUAGAGACCAUCCAGGAAUGAUUCAGGUUUUCUUAGGCCAAAGUGGAGGGCUCGAUACUGAUGGUAAUGAACUGCCACGUUUAGUCUAUGUUUCUCGUGAAAAGCGUCCAGGUUUCCAACAUCACAAGAAGGCUGGUGCUAUGAAUGCACUUGUUCGGGUAUCUGCAGUCCUCACUAACGGACCUUUCCUGUUGAAUCUUGAUUGUGAUCAUUACAUCAACAACAGUAAGGCCUUGAGGGAAGCUAUGUGCUUUCUAAUGGAUCCUAACCUUGGGAAAAAUGUGUGUUAUGUUCAGUUCCCACAGAGGUUUGAUGGUAUUGAUAGAAACGAUCGAUAUGCCAAUCGUAACACUGUUUUCUUUGAUAUUAACUUGAGGGGUUUAGAUGGUAUUCAAGGGCCAGUUUAUGUGGGUACUGGAUGUGUCUUCAAUAGAACAGCUUUGUAUGGUUACGAACCUCCUGUCAAACCUAAGCAUAAGAAAACUGGAGUUCUAUCUUCACUUUGUGGUGGAUCACGGAAGAAGGGUUCAAAAUCAAGUAAAAAGGGAUCGGAC